UUGGACGCUUGUCUUGGCUUCUCCCAAUACUAAAUUGUAUAAAUUUAACACCCUCCUGAACGAAUCCUUGAUAUAUACACAUACACAUAACACAUAUAUAAACAGUAGUCUUGUGUUUAGAGAUUGAAAGAGAGGGAGAGAGAGUGGAUAUGGGAAGACCACCUUGCUGUGACAGGAUUGGUGUCAAGAAAGGGCCAUGGACACCGGAGGAAGACAUCAUCUUGGUUUCUUACAUUCAAGAACAUGGUCCAGGGAAUUGGAGAUCGGUGCCAACCAACACAGGUCUGCUUCGGUGCAGUAAGAGCUGCAGGCUUAGAUGGACUAAUUAUCUGAGGCCAGGUAUUAAGCGUGGUGAUUUCACUGAGCAUGAAGAGAAGAUGAUAGUUCAUCUUCAAGCUCUUCUAGGCAACAGGUGGGCAGCAAUAGCUUCUUAUCUUCCCCAAAGAACAGAUAAUGAUAUAAAGAAUUACUGGAAUACCCAUUUGAAGAAAAAGCUGAAAAGACUUCAAACUGGUCUUGAUGGAGAAAAUCAAGAUGGGUUGUCUUCUUCAUCACAGCAAAUCUCUAAAGGUCAAUGGGAAAGAAGACUUCAAACAGACAUUAACAUGGCUAAACAAGCUCUCUGUGAAGCUUUAUCUCUUGAUAAAUCUACUCCUAAUAAUUUUCUUCAAUCAUCAAAACCUACCAAUACCACUUCAAGAUCUUCUCCUUCCACCUACGCAUCCAGCACAGAAAACAUCUCACGCUUGCUUGAAAACUGGAUGAAGAAAUCACCCAGAUCAUCAUCAUCAUCUUUUUAUAAUCUUCACACCAGGAUGGCGGCUACAAACUCAUCGGAAAACACACAGAAUUCUUCUUCCUUCAAUGAUGGUUUCAUGGGCUCCUGUUGCAGCACAGAAACACAUGGAGCAACUGAUGUUUUUGAUUCUCUUUUCAGCUUUAAUUCUUCCAACUCAGACGUUUCUCAAUCCGUCUCGGCUGAUGAAACAAAUAGCCUGUACUUUCAAGAUGAAAGCAAACCAAUCAUGGAAGGUCAAGUGGGAUCAUCUUUUUCGUUGCUAGAGAAAUGGCUGCUCGAUGAAGCUGCACCGCAAGUUCAUGAAGAACUACUUAACAUGUCAUUAGAAGAUAACGAAGACUUAUUCUAAAAAUAAAACACCAUGAUUAUCUUUCUUUUUUUUUUUUUUUCUCUUUUUUCAUUUUCUUGUUUCAGUUCUUGAAUUUCUUUUUCUUCUUUUUUUUUAAAAAAAUCUUUUCUGUGGGUUUCUUUAGAUGUUUCGUCAGGUGUUAAUUAGAACUACUUUGUUUGUAGCCCAAGAAGGAAGUUUAACAGCCCUUUAAUGGGGAAGAACAGAAAGUGUAAAUUAAAAGGUUACUGUUUCCACCAUGGAAAAAAAAGAUGAAGAAAGUAGUUUAAUCUGU